CGUGGCCCUGGGUGGGUUGUCGUCCCAGGUGAUUUUUCUCCCGAAGUGAGAGCAUGUAGAUGAUUUUAGAUGCAUUAAGUAUUUCUUGCGAUUGAAAAGGAGUGGUUGGACAUGCUUGGCUUGGGGUGCGUUUUCUUUCCUAUAUUAUGUCCCAUGAUGUUGUGGUAUGUUGUGAUUGCGUGGUAUGUCCCAGUGGUUGGCUGUGGGGACGCACCAGCGAGCGUUCGCUCUGCCGAAGCUUUCGCCUCCAAGUGGUCGCCCCAUCCUGAUCGCCCCGAACCUCUCCCGGGCCGUCAUCGUCCGUGGAGGACGAACCACGAUGGGUGAGGAUGUGGAAGAGGUGGGCGAGGAGCUGGAAUCACUCUGGACCAGCAUUGACUUUGGGCAUAUCGAAGCGGUGACACAUGACACUGAGGAGACAAGCGUUGAGUUCGAAGUCUACCUCAUAGAAGAUGCAUCUGUCCCUGCCCUGUUUGUGGAUGUUGAUUCAAAGGUUCGUGAUUCUGCAGUAGCAGAUGCCAAGACCGUGGUGGUGCACCACGGUCUCUCUGGCAAUAGCACCGAGCUUCAGAUCGCUCCUCCAUACCGGGUGAAAUCCAUCAAAGAAAGGCUCGAGGCCAAGCUGGGCAUCCCAGCCUUCUUGCAGCGAAUACUUCUUGAAGAGACGGAGCUGGAAGAGGAGGACGCCUUGGACUCUCUGGAGGAACCUGCGGUACAUGCUGACGAGUCACCAUCUUGCUUUCGAGUCACCAUGCUUCGUAGAGACCCUCCUCGUAUAACGACGAACGAAUUUUUGACAUCGGUGUUCUUGCGUGUGCAUAAUUGGAAGGGAACCAUUGUGGAACGUUGGCAUCAAUUUGACACCUACCGCCAGCUUCCAUCCACGAAGUGUGAACUCUUUGAAUGGGCAGAGGGCUUCGAAAACAUGAGCCACGAACCCUUCACUGUGGAGGGUUGCUUAAAAUCAUUCGGUUUGUGGCUGAACACUGAUGACAAAGAAGGACAUCCGGAGGCUUUUGCUCAAGAUAUCUCUCGCUUGUACAGCUUUCUGGAAGAACACUGCUACAGCCCCUCUUGGAUACAAGUAUAUGAUCAACCUUAUGGUCACGAUGAUAACCUCGAAAUGGUGAUGUUCCUUGCUGGUCGUUUGAAGCUGGCCCCUCAAACUUUGAUGAUUGGAGCUGUCCAUCUGAAGUGCUGGGGUUGAAGAUGCCCACACAGAUGUGAGCAUGAGCCAAUCAAGAAAAGGCAGCGGUACGUGCUUGGUCUUUGCGC